UCUCUCCUCCUCUAUUCUCUCUCCACCCUUUUCUCUCUCGUUACGUUCUAAAUUCCUAGCGUCCUCCUCGGCGAUGCUCUCGCUGAACAGAGGCAGCUCUCUGCAUAGGAUUGUAUAAAUUUGUAAGUCUGGCGGGGUGGGUUUGUGGCGAGAUUUGUUUGUGCUAUCUCUUCGUUCGUUCUUUCCUCUCUUUGGAGAGCAGAAGUGCCGAAAGAACAACACCAGGUUGUUUGGUUCGCAGUUGAGAGGAGCGGCGGCGAGGACAGUGGUGGUGCGGUGUGGUAGCGGGAGGAGAGGAGAAGGGAAGGGGAGAGGGGUCGCGAUGGAGAGCACGCACGAGGAGGUGGAGGCGCUGAUGGACCCCAAGAACACCGUCGGCGGCGGGGUCGAGGACACCUACGGCGAAGAUCGGGCCACCGAGGACCAGCUUGUCACGCCCUGGACCGUCUCCGUCGCCAGUGGUUAUUGGUUGCUGAGGGAUCCACGCCACAACAAAGGGCUCGCUUUCACUGAAAAGGAGAGAGAUGCCCACUAUUUGCGAGGCCUCUUGCCUCCAGUGGUUGCGUCUCAAGAGCUUCAGGAAAAGAAGCUGAUGCACAAUCUUCGUCAGUAUAAAUUACCCCUGCAACGUUACAUGGCAAUGAUGGAUCUUCAGGAGAGAAAUGAAAGGCUUUUCUACAAGCUUCUGAUCGACAAUGUUGAGGAGUUGCUUCCUGUUGUAUACACACCGACAGUUGGUGAAGCUUGCCAGAAGUAUGGGAGCAUUUUCAGGCAUCCACAGGGUCUAUAUAUCAGCUUGAAAGAAAAGGGAAAAAUUCUGGAGGUGCUGAGGAACUGGCCUGAGAGGAGCAUUCAGGUUAUUGUGGUCACUGAUGGCGAGCGCAUUUUGGGGCUUGGUGAUCUUGGUUGUCAGGGCAUGGGAAUCCCUGUAGGCAAGCUUUCUUUAUAUACUGCCCUUGGAGGACUACGUCCGUCUGCUUGCUUACCAAUCACAAUUGAUGUGGGGACGAACAAUGAGCAAUUGCUGAAUGACGAAUUCUACAUUGGCCUAAGGCAAAGGCGAGCUACUGGACAAGAAUAUGCCGACCUUCUACAUGAAUUCAUGCGUGCAGUUAAGCAGAACUAUGGGGAGAAAAUCCUCAUUCAGUUUGAAGACUUUGCAAAUCAUAAUGCAUUUGACUUGCUUGCUAAGUACAGCAAGACUCAUCUUGUCUUUAAUGAUGACAUCCAGGGAACAGCAUCAGUAGUCCUUGCCGGAGUUGUUGCAGCAUUGAAGUUGGUUGGUGGAACCUUAGCAGAGCAUACUUAUUUGUUCCUUGGUGCUGGAGAGGCUGGUACUGGUAUUGCGGAGCUAAUUGCUCUUGAGAUGUCAAGACAGACCAAUGCUCCAAUCGAGGAGUGCCGUAAGAAGAUUUGGCUUGUGGAUUCUAAGGGAUUGAUAGUUAGCUCCCGGAAGGAGUCUCUUCAACACUUCAAGAAACCUUGGGCGCAUGAGCAUGAACCCAUUAAGAACCUCUUAGGCGCUGUUCAGGUUAUCAAGCCAACCAUCCUGAUAGGAACAUCUGGAGUGGGGAGAACUUUCACGAAAGAUGUAGUUGAAGCUAUGGCUUCCUUUAACGAGAAACCCAUUAUUCUUGCUCUAUCUAAUCCUACAUCCCAAUCUGAAUGCACUGCUGAGGAAGCAUACACUUGGAGUAAGGGUCGUGCAAUAUUUGCUAGUGGAAGUCCCUUUGAUCCUGUUGAAUAUGAGGGAAAAACUUUUGUGCCCGGCCAGGCAAACAAUGCAUACAUAUUCCCAGGAUUUGGCCUUGGUUUGGUGAUCUCUGGAGCCAUUCGUGUGCAUGAUGACUUGCUUCUUGCAGCCUCGGAAGCAUUAGCCCAACAGGUAACACAGGAAAAUUUUGAUAAAGGACUGAUCUAUCCUCCCUUCACAAAUAUAAGAAAGAUAUCUGCCAAAAUUGCUUCUAAUGUGGCUGCUAAAGCCUAUGAACUUGGUUUGGCUAGUCGUCUCCCUCGCCCGGAAAACCUGGUGAAGUAUGCAGAAAGCUGCAUGUACACGCCCCUCUACCGCAGUUACCGAUGAAUUGGCCGUCAAUUUUGUAAGUCAUACUUAGGUGUAAUAGUAUUUGAUUCUACAACUGGAUGUCAUUGUAGCAGUUGCUGUUUCAAAUGUUUUAGCCUCUUGGAUCACUGGGCUAUGGUUAAUAAUCUUUUGCAGUGCUGGUUUUGAACACAUGGAAGUGCCGUCACAUAUAUGGCAGUUUAUUCUUUUUUGUCAAUAAAGCCAACGUCUCACUACUUUUGAGUA